AUGGUCCCAAACCCAGCAGCCUCAGGGGGUAGGACGCAUCUUGUGCACAGCCAUGCCCAUGAAGGCGAUAUCCCAGGCACCGUCGACCUAAGCGCCGCCGAGGGCGAUGACACGGCCUACGGACAAGCCCUCUAUCCUGUGCCUGCUGAAGAUCCCAAUGACCCUUUACAAUGGCCGAUGUGGAAAAAGAACAUCAUCUUGAUUACUGUCUCGGUCUACUCAUUUCUCGGCAACAGUUCUCUCGUCGGUCCGUCUGUGUAUAUCGGGAUAUACAGUGAAGAGUUUGGGAUAUCCGCGUCGAAGGCAUCGGGUCUGAUUUCAUAUCCGAAUCUGGCUUUUGGAAUUGGGUCUCUCAUUCUUGUGCCAAUGUACCUGAAGCUGGGACGUCGUCCCGUUACACUAUUGUCUCUGGCAACAUUCCUGGCCGGAUUGAUUGGUGCCUCGAGAUCAACAACUUAUACGGGUUUGAUGGUUGCCCGGGUCUUCCAUGGGUUUGGCAGUGGUGUAUGCGAGAGCCUGCCAGUACAAUUCGUUAACGAUAUAUUCUUUAUCCACGAGCGGGGAAAGAGAAUCGGAUAUUACACAGGCUAUAUGCUUGCAGGGGGUUACUCAUGGCGACUUUUUUUCUACGUGGAAGCCGCUUUUGCUGCUGCGCUUCUUAUUAUGGCUUUUCUGUUUGUGGAAGAAUCAGCCUAUAAUCGUCCACCAAGUCCUACUUCCCCGCAUCCUUCAUCGAAUUCUCUCACUGCAGACAAUGAUGCCGAGAAAAUAGGGGAUGUUGUGCAGGUCGAAAAUGCUUCCGGAACAGUGCCUCCACGGAAGACUUUCCUGGCCACCCUUAAGCCGUGGAGUUCCAUUGAUCCGGACGCCAAAUUCUUUGUCACAAUGCUCCGGUCAUUCUCAUAUUUUUUUAUUCCGGCUGUUUUCUGGGUAAUUGCCAGCUACGGGUUGUAUAUUGGCCUCGGGGCAUUAGCGUUCAACUACACCUUUCCACUAAAAAUCACAGAGCCACCGUAUAACUGGAGCCAGACCAAUUCUGGUCUUAUCGCAGUCGGGUCCUUCGUCGGCUACUUCCUCGCCCUCCCUUUCACAUCAAGCUCAGAUCGCCUUGCAGCAAUUCUCACCAAGCGCAACAACGGCAUCCGCGAAGCCGAAAUGAGACUCCCGGUCUUAUUCCCCGCUAUCCUGCUUGCCCCUGCUGGACUGGUAGUCUACGGCUUUACCGCGCAACGCAACCUGCACUGGGUCGGGUACUUUGCUGGAGUAGCAUUGGACCAGUUUGGCUCCUACUUCUACUUUACUUUCACUUUGGCCUACGCGGUGGACUCAUACAACGCCAAUACCCCGGAAAUGCUGAUCGCCAUGAAUCUUGGGAAACAAGCCAUUUCUUUCGGGAUGGGCUCCUUCCUGCUGGACUGGAUCUUGACGCGGGGGUACGCGGUGGUCAUCUCGGGAAUUUUUGGAGGGGUUCUUCUUGCAAAUAACCUAAUGGUCGUUGUUUUUGUGCUUUGGGGAAAACCGAUUCGGCGUUGGACAGCGCAGUCUUGGCUCGGCAAGAUGCACGCGCGGACUGCGACGAGGGAUAUGACUCACUGA